UCUUCGUCUACGGUGGUGAGCGGUUCGAGAUUUUCCUAGAGGCAGCAGCAGUACCAAGUGUCCUCGCGCGACUGCUCCCCAUAAAAAGGAAUCAUCCAGCAAUCCUCCUGCUUUCCCAGCAGCCUGUUCUCUCAUCCAUUCCUGGAACCGACACCCAUCGUCGUGUGUCCCCGUAGGUUUCAGUGAGAAUUUGCUGUUUUUGCAGAAAGAAAAUAUACUGCAGCCAACAUCAGUAACCAGCAAAAGGGCUGAUUGGGGGGAGAAGAGCAAGCAAAAGUGGGCGAGGAGCAAUUGUGCUGAAAAAUUAAGUGAAAUAAGUGUAUUAUAAAGUGGAUUCUCAGACAUUUAUUUACGGGAUCAGGAGUCCAUAUAUAUCGCAAAUAAUUUGAUGAAAAACUGAAAGUGGAUCUAUGAAAAUAGUGAAGGAUUGGGCGAAGUCGUUUUGUGGAAAGAAAAGUUGACAUAUUUCGGGACCUGAGGGGACAUUUUGGAUUGCAUAGUGCAGUUUGUAUGGUGAAACAAUAGAGGAUUAUUGCAAAAUAGUUGCGAUCAAGUUUAAGCAAAACAAUUAGAAAAAUUGUUACAAUUGUGUUAGUGCAUUUUUCAAGUGGUGUCAGAAGAUACAAUAAGUAAAGCGAAUUAAAAACGGUAUACGAUAGAUACCAGCUCAAAACUAGGACAAUAUGUUGAUUAAACUCGUAAAAGAAGAUUUUCCGUGUUUGAAAAAUGGAUUUAUAUAACAGUAUCUUCGUUUGAUCGAAAUUUUCCGAAUUUAUUUUAGUAAGAUGCACAGCGGCAGCUUCAUCUCGCCCAAGCACCCGGCCAUUCCGGUCUCGAUCGGCAUCGCGUCGAUCGUGCUUGAGGGCAGGCCAGCGGUCAUCGAUGGCGGCACCAGCACAUCGUCGUCUCGAACAACCGGGUCCGACGGUGGGACAGGUCCCGGGGGUGGUGGCGGUGGCGGCCUGGACGAGGACGGUGGGUUUUUCUCGGUGGCCGGAGGAGCGGUCGGCACCGAGUGUCACCCAAAGUCGUUCAACAUGACGGAUGCGGCCAAGCGGAUCAACCUGAAGCUGCAGCAGAUCCGGUCCUGUCCGGGCACCAGCAAGGACGUCGUGGAGAACAUGGUGACGGUGGAGGCCGGAUCUAGCGGUGGGGAUUACGACAACUACGGGGUUGAGACGUACGUGAAUGAGGCUCGGAGCAGCGAGACUACACCGCUGGUGUUCAGUGCCAAAGCGUGGAGCCGGGACCACAUCUACAGUGGGUUCGAGAAAAUGAAGCUGAUUGGGGUGUCGCCGAUCAAGGUACCGCCGGCGGCGGCAUCUAUGUCGUCGUUUAUCAACUUUUCCGGGUCUUCGACGGUCAACUCGAAGAAGAAGUCGGAGGUUGGAGGUGGGGGCACUAUCAAGCAACGCACCAGAGAAGGACCCCACUGCGAGCAGUUUUUGAAAAAGGUGGGGGUCAUCAAGAUCGACCCGGUCGAGGAGGCGGAACACAGCUGCAGCUACCGGAACGAGUUUUGUCUACGUUGGCAGUCAUACUUUAAGCAGUUGUCGUCCCUGUUGACCACAGGCGAAGCCAUCUGCAUCGAGGUGUAUCUUGGGCCCGAAAAUCACGCUAUUCUACUGGAACAAUGGAUAUUGAAACUUAAAAUUAAAUCAUCCGACUCAACAAUGACGCUGCAAUCGCUGUGCGCUGCCAUCCGUAGUCAAUUAUACUUUUCGCAGAUUUCCGCGUGGACCGAUCUGAUCAAGAACUCGCUGGAGCCGGAAAUCUUCAACCAUCCGCGAAUCAAGAAGGCAGCAGGAGAAGGAGUCGGAAGUAGCAAUGAAACGUCCCCGCUGGGACUGCCACGAGCCAAGUUGGACAUUCUGUUUCGCAUCCGGGGCUACGACAACACUGCCUGCUUCAACGAGACGCCGAAUGUGCACAACUUCCCGGACGCCAUCGUGGCGGACAACUACGUUAUCGAGGUGGUGCUCAAGAGCUUGCCCCGGUUGGAGCGCAUUCCGCGGAUCAACGAUGAGAUGGAUGCGAAAAUGGACGAGGCGUUGGUGAACGAUCGUAUCGAUGGGCCGUGUCACGAGAAGGGCAAGCAUCGGUGCACGUUUCGGGUGGAGGACGAGGAGGAUCCGCAGAUGGGCGAGGAAGAGAGUGCCGCCAUGAGUCACCGCGAGAAGCAGCUGUUGAAGUACAAGAAGCGCAUGAUGAAGCGGGAGAAAAAGAAAAAGGCCCUCGAAAGUGGUGGCAGCACGAGCAGCGUUGGUUCGAACGAAGCGGUCCCGAUGGUGGUGACGCCUCCGGUUUGCAAAUCACCCGCGUUGAACAUCCCAGUGCCGCAGGGUCACGCCAACAACUGUGGCGUUCCGCCGGCGUACACGUCCUCGAUCAACCUGAUUCAGCCGCCGUUGUACUCGAAUUGCGAUGAUCUGUACCAGGCAGCGUCCUGCGCAAACAAUAACAACAUCAACAACACUAAAGCUACCCAGACUGCCAUCUUCCUAGCCCUGUCGAGCAGCGGAACCGUGUCGACCGUGGCCACGCAAACCGAUGCCAGCGGGUGCUGCUGCCUCUGUGCCAAUCCUCAACAGCAGCCAGCGCCGCCAACGUGCACAAACAGUGAUAGUAAAAUGCAAUAUAUUAAUAGUAAUAAUCUGCGCCGUGAUUACACUACUAGUAGUAACUGUGAUACUAGCCAACCAGAGGUUGAUGCCGUGAUCGCCGCCCAGCGUCGCCGCGAGGAAUCCAAAGGUCUUCGAAAGGCCGAACUGCUUCUGCAGGCCAUCCAGCGGACAGCAAUCAUAAACGAUCAUCAGCCCACCGCAGCCGCCGAUGACGACGCCGUCGACGCCGCCACGGCACAUUUCAGCAACAAUAAUUACUAUAGUGGAAGUUACAAUGAUAACAACAACGUUGGUAGUGAUACAGCAAAGUGCGAGCGAAGCGAAUGUGAUACUUUUACCUUCAGUAAGGAACCGUUAGAUUUAGGAGACUGUCGUUUAUGCAAGCGACAAAAAACGAAGCAUAAUUUUAAGUUGGCUCUCAAGUCGGACAGCGAGUCGGGCAGCGGCUCUAGCAGCAGCAGCAGUGGCACCAGCAGCACCAACAACAGCCCGCCCGGCUGUCGGCGCACCCUCUCGGAAAGCCUAGUCGGCCACUUUACGCUGCCCUCGUCGUCGUCGUCGUCAAAGUCGGCGAUCGGGGCGAAACAUGGUGGUGGCGCCGUCAAGCGGGAUAGCGAAGGUGAUGAUGAUCUCAGCGAGGGUCGGCUUAGCACGUCGACGGGAGCGGUUGGCACGCUGUCGUUUGAGCAGCUCAAGAGCUACCGACGGGCGUUCUCGGAGGAUGUGAUCGACACGAUCAGCUUGAGCGGUGCGCUUAGCGGGGAGAAUAAGGAGGGAUGCCAGCAGUGUGGAUGUGGGAAAUCCACCCUAAAGAACGCCCAAAACGCACAUGGCUCCUCCUCGCUCUUCGCCACGCCCCAGGCGGCCUGCUGCCUGCCCCCAACAUCAACACCAGCCGCCGGCUGCAGCAAGGCUCCCCUCUUUGUCAACUGCACCGAAAGCGACUGCUCCGUCAGCACCGCCAGCAGCGUGUCGCCCCACAAGAAGCAAAUCCUCAGCUGCACCGCCGUUUCCGGCGGCAAGCCGGCCCCGGCCGCGUACUACACCAUCCCGAAGAUCAAUUUGACGAACAUCUUUAAUGUUUCGCCGCUGGCGCGGGAAGACUCCGGCUUUGCGAGUACUUCCAGUCCGAUUCCUAUUGAUGAGAGUGUCGGUGGGAGUAGCGGCGGGGUGUUUAACUUCAGCGAGUCGAGUCGGUUGAUGGUUCAGAAGUCGAGUUCUGCGCCGACUUGCCACUUGUCGCCGGGAUCGCUGUCGCCGCGGUUUUUGCGCCACGCUUAUAAGCAUCAGCGCUCGCGGUAUCUGUCGGAGCGCAGUUCGGUGUCGGAGCGAUCUUCUAUUGGGUCGGACGAGCAGCUGUCCGAGGAUGAGUACCCGUUCUUGGUGGAUUCCAACGGUACCAGUUACGGGAGCAACUUCCAUCUCAGUCCGAGCACAACUCCGCUGUCGCCGCUCAAGUUUGGUAGCGCGCAGCAGCGUCCGUUCAGUCGGUCGUUCAGCAAGAACCUGUUCCGGUUUGGUCGGUUGCCGCUGCUGGGCACGCUGGAGGAGUCGCUGCUGCAGCGUCGCAUCUCGCCCAAGUUCCAGGUGGCGGACUUUAAGGUGCUGCUCGGCGCAUCGGGCAGCUUCUGUCCGACCCAGCUAACAAUUCCAGUUGCUUCGUACUUUUAUGAACUGCCGGGCCAACAUCUCAGCACACCCUAUGUGUGCGAACUACGUCUUCCACGGAAAGGUUACUCGAUCCCGCGCCAGGGAACGGUCCAGGUCACGUUGCUCAACCCGCUCGGGACGGUCGUGCGGAUGUUCGUGGUGCCGUACGACUUUCGCGACAUGCCCGCCAUGUCCACCACCUUCAUCCGGCAGCGCAUCCUGGCGUACGACGACAGCAGCGCCGCGAAGGGUUCUGCUACUACAGCUCAGCCCAGGAACGUCGAGCAGCUCAGCAACGCCGAACAGAUGAAGCUGCUGCGGUACGCGAUCCAUCUGAGAUUCCAAACGUCCCGCUCGGGCAAGCUGUCGCUGCACACCGACAUCCGGCUGUUGAUUUCGCGCCGCACCGACUGUGAUACGGCCGCCGCGCACGCCAAGAACCUGCUCGAGGCGCCGAACGAGCUGAAGGUGGUCACGAUCGUCCCGGACAGUCCCAAGUUUAGCCAGCGAAUGGACAAGCAGUGAGAGAGUAUUCGGUAGUCAUUAGAGAGAGAGAGUGAGAGCUAGCUUACACGUUGAAAAUUGUUCAAAUUUUCAAUUUUUAAUUUGUUUUGAUUCUUUCGUUUGCCCAAAAUUACAACUCUGUAUCGUGGUUUGGUGAGGCUGCCGUGUCGCGGAAUGUCCACUCGAAUUUGGUGGGGGAAACGCCGCACGGCACGCCACACCUGUAAAUUAUGAUUUUAUCGCACUGAUGUACAUCUACAUUAGCUAUCUUUUGUUAUGAAUUCGUUUGUUAAUAAAUAGUUUAGAAAAUACUGCUAACUUGCUGUGAAUCAACAAUCUUCAUGUUUUGUUUUUCAACGCUUUCUAGUGAGACUCGUGUAGGAAUUUUAGGGCAAACUUUCGGAGAUUUGGGGAAGACACUGGUUUCAGAAGAAAUUUAACGAAAGCAGCGAAAUAUUGGUUGAGAUGCGGUGUGUGAAUAAGCUGUGAUUUACAAAGAUGAUCAUUUUUGCUGGUGGUAGAUCGAAUCUAUAGAAUCGUGGAGAAGCGAUCUAAAGUUCCAAUUAUUUUUGAUUAGAAGCAAAACUGAUCAUCUCUAAAAGCGAAAUUGUGUAUAUCGUUGAAGUAUGUUUAAGUAGUGUGACGUAAAUAUUUCGUUUAAGUUGUCUACUUUUAGGAAAAGUAAUUUGCCUAACCUCGAUUGCAAACUUUAAACUUUUUUAUUUUCAGUAACAAUUCGAAAAGCAAACUUUUCUACCAACAAAAUCCCUUAAAAAAUGCCAAAAUUGCUAAACUAAAACUGCAAAAGUGACUCGAAACGCAACCAAAUUGGCACCACACUAUUUGCAAUAAAUAACAAAAAUCAAACCGCUUUCUGUGUAGUGAUUACGUGUUGUUGUUAGUCGAUCAAACGUACAUAAUCGAUGUGAUUCAAUAUCGGGGUACCAACAAUAUCGAAACGAUCGCGCUCGAGGCGUGGUCUUUUUGUCUACAGAGCACGAACGUGCGUGCUCUCAUUUCAACACGACACACCGUAGAAGAGACACACUGCCAUACUCUUGAUUUUUAUUCGAAUGUGACAUAGAAGAUGAAAAAAAGCGGUAGUUAAUUACGAUCAUGCAAGUGUUAAUCAACCUUUCACGCGUAGAUAAAAUCUUAAAAUUAUGCUUGCACCGUCAGGACGUUUAAAGUGCCUCAAAGUGUUGUCCACUCUAUCACUAAAACUGAUAACGUGGGAAAUAUUUGAAACAGCCCACCUUAGGCGUGUUCACGGCGAUGAGUUCUUAUGAAAAGAUAUCGAAAAAAUACACAUAAUUAAACCAAUUAUUUCGAAACGUGCGAUUCAAUAUCGCUCUAGUAAAAAUAUCCUCACACAAACACACACAAACCCACACGUGUUCGGCAACGAAGAAAGCAUAUAAGUUAACGAGAAAAAAAAAACUUUUGACCACGAGUAAGUUUGAGCUAAAUUGUCUGAUUAGGUUCGAAAAUCCUCCUCUCUUCAAAUCGCGGAAAUAGCACCACCCAAUUCUGAAAAAGUAAGCACACAACCCCACACCAGAAAUAAAACAAACAAACAAAACGCUAGUCAACUACAAUAGUGGAGAAAGAAUGUUUCCUACGAGUGUACAUAGAAAAUGGGGAAACCAAAACGCAAAAUGCAAUAACAAAAAAACUCCAACAAAACAACUUUGAAAAAGAAAAAUAUCAGAAAAAAAGUCAGAGAAUUAUUUUAGCAUUCAUUAAAACAAACAAAAAACUACACCCUCUCCAGAGUUAGUCAGAACCACCCCAACCCCCAUAAAAGAAGCGUACUGGGAAAAGCCAUGCGCAAAUGUGAAUGUGAAGUAAAGCAAUUUUCCCGUAGCAAAUGAUGAAAUGGAACAGAAAAGAGAGAGAGAGAGCAAGUUAAACUUAACACACACACCCACACCCACACACGUGGUAGUACUAUCAAGCAGUAGUAGCGCAGUAGUAGAUGUUGGCAAGCAUAACACAAUAUACCGAAGAUUAAAAAGAAGAAGAAAAAACAUUAGUAGCAAGUAACACAGUGGACGUUGAACUACAUAAUGAAAAUAAUAAUAAAAAAAAUGAAAAUCAUAAAAAAAAUACUAAAAAAACAUAUACAAAAUGCUAUAUAUAUUUAUACAAAAUCUUUUUUCAAACAAUAAUGAAAAUUAUUUAACGAAUAAAAACGUGGGGAAUCGCCCCUUUAGAUGUUCAGUUAAUGAAUAAAAAAUAA